AUGGCUUCCAGAUUAGAGGACGAUCUCUGCUGUUCUGUCUGCCACGACAUCUUUAAAGAUCCUGUCAUCCUGUCAUGCAUCCACAGCUUCUGUAAAGACUGUCUGCAGAGCUGGUGGACGGAGAAACAAACCAGAGAGUGUCCGCUUUGUCAGAGAAGAUCUUCAAAGGAACCACCUCUUAAUUUUGCGUUAAAGAACCUGUGUGAGAGUUUCUUACGGGAGAGAGAUCAGAGAGCUUCAGAGCCUCUCUGCAGUCUGCACUCUGAGAAACUCAAACUCUUCUGUCUGGACCAUCAGCAGCCAGUGUGUCUCGUCUGCAGAGACUCAGAGAAACACACCAACCACAGAUUCAGACCCAUCGAUGAAGUUGCACAACAACACAAGAAGGAACUUCAGGAAACUCUGGAGCCUUUAAAGAAGAAGUUAAAGGUUUUUAAAGGAGUUAAAGAGAAGUUUGAUCAAACAGCAGAACACAUUCAGGUCCAGGCCCGACGCACAGAGACGCAGAUCAUGGAGCAGGAGGAAGAGGAGCAGAAGAGUCAGAUGAUGGAGGAGAAGAUGGAGGCUCUGAGCAGAGAGAUAGCAGCUCUUUCAGACACAGUCAGAGCCACAGAGGACCAGCUGAGAGCUGAACACGUCUCAUUCCUGCACAACUACAAGGCUGCAGUGGAAAGAGCCCAGCAGUUCCCCCUGCUGGAGGAUCCACAGCUGCCCUCAGGAGCUCUGAUAGACCAGGCCAAACACCUGGGAAACCUGGCCUUCAACAUCUGGAACAAGAUGAAGGACAUGGUCUCCUACAGUCCUGUCAUCCUGGACCCAAACACUGCUGGUACACAACUCAUCCUGUCUGAAGAUCUGACCAGUCUGAGACGAGGAGAGGAACAGCAGCUUCCUGAUAAUCCAGAGAGGAUUAAAGGUUAUGGCUCUGUUCUGGGCUCUGAGGGUUUUAACUCAGGGACUCACAGCUGGGAGGUCGAGGUUGGAGACAAUAAAGGCUGGCAUCUGGGUGUGUUAGCAGAGUCUGUCCAGAGGAGAGGAGACAUCCUGUCUGGAUUAUGGGGAAUGCAGUUCUAUAAAGAUAAUUACUCAUCAUGGUCACCAUCAGAUAAAGGAACUGGUCUCGUAGUGCAGAAGAAGCUCCAGAGGAUCAGAGUCUCCGUUGGCCUCAGAGAACUCUGUGGAGUUACUAAUUGCCUCGGGGGAAGAGGGAAGACGUCCGCUGUUAGCCGACCAGGUCUGCGCUCAGCACGGAGUCACGUUAUAGGAACACCGGCAGGUUGGAGAAGCUUGUUCUUGCCCGCUGUUAGCCAGCUUUAUGUCUCCGCUCAGCACGGGUCCACCGCACAGCUCGUUAACUCAAGAAGCUGUGAGCAAUACGCCAACGCUGAGAACACAACCACCGGGACCAGAGGAGAUUGA